GGCAGCCUGGGUGCAUUCCUAGCCCACCGCCCUCGCUCUUCCCUUGGCGGCUGGGCAGGAUAAGGUUACUCCCGGGCCUCCUCGGUCCCAGGGAAGAAGGCGGGACGAGCCCCGGCUCUCUGGGGAGUUGCCGCAGUUGGCAGCCCCCGGCCUUGGGGACGCUUCUCUGGAGGCGGCCGGGAGCUGAGGGUGGGACCCUGAGCGCAGCCAGAGGCUGGGGUCCCCGCCAUGGCCACCGCCAGGCCUCCAGGGUGUGGCUGCAGAGCCCUGUCCCGGUGGCUGCUAGGCGCUGCGCUGCUGUUGGGCCUGCGGCUUUGCAUGGAGUUGCGCCAAGCGGGUUCGGGACUCCCGGGCCGCCGGGAUCCCCCGGGGCCACCUCGGCUGCACGGGCGGCCGGCGUCCAGCCCUCCACGCGGAGCCAGAAGGAGGCAGGUGACCUACGUGCGCAGCGAGCGCCGAGCGCUGCCCCCGGGUGGCGGGAGCAAGCCUCCAGAGCCGAGCUGCUGUGGCCAGCGCGGGCUUCCCCGCAGGAAGCAUCCCCGGUGGCAUAUAGAGCUUCAGCCGUGGGCAGGCCCUGCUCGGUCCCUGGAUGAAGAAGCCUCAAGGUUCCUGAACUACAUCAGCACCACUCAGAUUGCAUGCGAUCACAUGGGUACAGACAGCUCGGCUACCGACUCCAGUCCUUCCACGAAGCCCUGGCUGGUGUGUCUUGAUGACAGGUUUGGCUUAGCUCAUCAAAUCCGCAACAAGCGGUGCCGCCUCUACUCUUUAGGGCUGGGAAACGAUGACGCACAGUUUGAGGUGCGCAUGGCCAAUGAUGGAUGUGAAGUGCAUUGUUUUGAUCCUAGUGUCGAAUCAGCCCAUGUUCUGGCGAGUCAGCGUCUCUGGCAUCACCGUUUGUCCAUUGAUUGGCGGGAUCCGCACCCAGCUGUGGCUGCUCAGAAACUGCAUAGCAACACCAGAAAACUGGGAAGCGUUUUGAAUGAAUUCGGGCAUCACAAGAUUGAUGUUCUCAAGGCAGACCUGGAAAGUGCAGAAUGGAAAGUUCUAGAAAAUCUCAUUCUGGAGGAUGUCCUUGAACAGAUUGGCCAGCUCCUCUUUGAGAUUCAUCUCCACUGGCCUGGCUUUGAGGUCAGUGGCAGCGAGAGCAGUGUGGUGCGGUUUUGGUACAGUCUCCUCAAGGAAUUGGAGCGGAGGGACUUCAGACUUUUUCACACCUAUAAAGACUUAUCUAAGCCUCAGAUUUUCCUGAAGAAAGACACUUUCAAUGCUAGCAGCUGUUACACCCUGUGCUGGGUGAAUACAAGAUGGAAGUAAGAUGAAGCCUCACGCACAG